GUAAUAUUGGAAAUAAAAACAUUAUACGAACAAGAAUUUUCGAUUCCUACAAAACGCGCUUUUGCAACUAUUUGACUUAUGCAGAAUCAACUUUAACACCACAAAAAAUCCAUUUUCCGUUUCAGUUUCAAUUUCAAUUUCAAUUUCAAGGUUGAUCAAGCUACUUGAGGAUUUCUUUGCAUACUUUUGUUGUUUGAAGAGCUAAUUUGUCUACCAAAAUGAAGGGACGUGUAAGGUGGGAUGAGGCUAACAUUGGAGAAAUUGAGGCAAACAAACCUGUGAGGCAGAAAAUUACUGAGCCUAAGACUCCAUAUCAUCCUAUGAUUGAUGACGACUGUUCUCUAUCCCCUGUACGAGGAAGUUUUGAUGCAAGUACUGAUGAUGACAAGCGUGCAUCACAAGUUGAAGCAAUAUGGACUGCUCUGAGUGAUGUAGGCUCUAGCAGCAAAAGAGGCACUGGACAAUCAUUUGGUUGGACAUCAUCUGAGGAUGAGCUAGAAUCAAUGGAACAAGAUGGUGGUGAUUCUGAAACAGAUCGGAGCAAAAAAUUUAGAAAGCACAGAAAAGCCCACUAUGAUGAAUAUCUUAAAGUGAAAGAGCAUCGACAAAAGAGUCCUAAUGUUGUGGAUGAGAGUGAUGAGGAUGAUAAUCCUGAAACCGGCAAAGGGGAGAAGAAAUGUGAACCAUGUUCUCUAAGUGAUAGUGUAAAAGAAAUGGACAUUGAGGGGAAAAGGUCUUCCACACCUCCGGCUAAUGGUUCGUAAACAAUCAACAAAGAAAACUCGCUUACAUUUAUUUUAUUCCGCGGGUUGGAAAACAACUAACUGAUUCACUGUAAUUUUGUAUUAUAUGAGAAUGCUGCUUUUUUCUUUUUCCACUAUAUAUCUGCUCAUGCAAACACUUGCAUAAUCUGAUUUCGCACUUAUACUCUGUCUAAGAGACUCUUUGGAAUAUUUUGGGGAAUUUGCGUUAAGGAUGGAUGGGUAAACUGGAUAAUCUAGAAUAACAUUCUCUUACAUUUGUUAUGAUUUUUAUUUCAUCUGUGCUGAUGGUUUAUGCCUCAACUUGGAAGUCUAUUAGGUUCUGAUCAUUCGAAAAUGUUGGCGAAUGUAGUAGCAAUCAAUUGAUAAUGUUGA